AUGGCCCCAGUUGCAACGGGAGAGACGGCACCAAUGCAUCUACCCGUCUACAAGUCAAAGUCUUCCUCCGUCACUGCGUCUGUCUUGCAUGGUCCACGGGAUUUACGAUUGGAAGUGAGAUCCAUUGAAGAGCCAGGCGUUGGCGAGCUGCAGAUUUCUGUUAAGAGAACUGGCAUCUGCGGGUCCGACGUCAGCUACUACAAGAAGUUUGCCAACGGAGAUCUCUGCGCCUGCCAUCCUCUCUCCCUCGGCCAUGAGUCCUCUGGCGAGGUUGUCGCAAUCGGCCCUCAGGUUACCGGUUUCAAACUUGGUGAUCGGGUUGCGCUCGAAGUCGGCGUUCCUUGCGGACAAUGCACCAUUUGCCGCAAAGGUCGAUACAACCUUUGCAAGAAAAUGAGGUUCAGAUCCAGUGCCAAAAGCGUGCCUCACUAUCAGGGUACUCUCCAAGAGAGAAUCAACCACCCCGCAACCUGGUGCCACAAGAUCCCAGACCACGUCUCUUACGAGGCCGCCGCUCUCCUUGAGCCUCUUUCUGUCGCCAUUCACGCGGUCAACCGAGCAACGCCUGAGCCGGGCUCAACAGCCUUGGUCAUCGGAGCUGGCACCGUUGGACUCUUGACAGCAGCCAUGGCACGCCAGGCUGGAUGUGCGCAAGUAACCAUCACUGAUGUCGACGCUGGCCGAGUUAACUACGCCAUUGAAAAGGGUUUUGCUACCCAUGGUUACGUUGUCCCCGCACCGGGCUCCUAUAACAGCAACUCGGGAACUUCGACGCCAGCGGACCCUGGCGUCAUGACUCCCGCAAGCAUAUUCUCCGUCCAAAGCGUACAGGGCAAGUUCGAUAGCGCCAAGGCCCUGGCUGCCGAGAUACUCGCCCUUACCAAGGUUCCCGAAGAACUGGAGAUGGACGCCGAGGAUGACGGCGUCGAUGUCACCUUUGAGUGUACCGGUAAGGAGGUCUGCAUGCAAACCAGUCUCUAUGCGACAAGACCCGGCGGAAAGGUCAUCAUGGUUGGCAUGGGCACUCCCGUCCAGACACUCCCUCUGUCUGUCGCACACCUUCGGGAAAUCGACAUUCUCGGUAUCUUUCGCUAUGCCAACACCUAUCCCACCGGUGUCCGGCUGCUCUGCGCCAAGGGCAACGCAGGCCUUCCGUGCCUUGACGACAUGGUCACCCAUCGGUUCAAGGGCCUCCACAACGCCUCAAAGGCCUUUGAGCUCGCGAGCAGAACCUGUGACGAUGAAGGAAACCUCGUCUUGAAGGUUGUCAUUGAGGCUUGA